UAAAGAUUCUCACUUGGAAUUUUGAAGCAGAAAUGGAACAUUUUAUAAAUUAUGAAAUCUGGCUUCACAAACAGUUGGCAUUUCCAUCAAGUCAAUACUGGAGAUAGUAACGUUGCCGAUUUGUCGUCCCAAAUAAAAACGUACGGCCAGAAAUUCUGAUAUCCUGCGGUCGACAUGUCGUUCUUGCUUGAAAGUUGAAGGCUGCGUUCCUUUUGGUACGGUUUCUCUUUCUCGUGGGACCCACUGGAGAUUGAGGAGUGGGCCCAGUUGCAGGGAAAGAUGUGUCUCACUCCCACAGGAGAUUGCUGCUCUUUGAUGUUCCACCAUUAAAUCAAAAAAUUAAAUGCCGCUCGCCAUGACUGUGGAGGACAAAAGGGCUAAUUUGGGGGGUGCAAAUGGGGACGUGGACCAGUUCCCAAUUGGUAUGAGUAUUCUUGCUGUUGACGAUGACCCCAUUUGCCUCAAAGUCUUGGAGAAUCUGCUUCGUAAAUGUCAAUAUCGCGUUACAUCGACCAAUCAGGCAGCUGAGGCGCUUAAAAUGUUGAGGAAGAACAGGAACAAGUUUGACCUGGUUAUCAGUGACGUAAACAUGCCAGACAUGGAUGGUUUUAAGCUCCUUGAGCUAGUAGGCCUUGAAAUGGACCUUCCUGUUAUCAUGAUGUCUGCGCAUAGCGAUUUCGAACUUGUAGCAAAGGGAGUUACUCACGGUGCUUGUGACUAUUUGCUGAAACCUGUUCGAAUUGAGGAGCUGAAGAACAUAUGGCAACACGUAUUUCGGAGAGACAAGUUCAGUGCUAAGAACCAAAAUAAGUGCACCAAUGGUAAUAAGGCUUCUUGUCAAACUGUUGAAGUUGCCAAAGGUUUCCCAUCUGUGGUCGGUGCUGGUAAUGGGAAACCUGGUAAGAGGCGGAAAGACCAAGACGACAAUGAGGAAGGGGGUGAGGAAGAGAAUUCUUAUGAGAAUGAUGACUCCACCCAGAAAAAGCCAAGGGUAGAUUGGAAUGGUGAGUUACACAGGAAGUUUAUUGCAGCUGUUAACCAUUUGGGCAUUGAAAAGGCUGUACCUAAGAAGAUCCUUGAUCUGAUGAAUGUUGAAGGACUUACAAGAGAAAAUGUGGCUAGCCAUCUUCAGAAAUACAGACAAUACCUUAAAAAAAUGUGUACUCGGGAAGCUCAGCAACAUAACAUGAUGGCUGCAUUUGGAGGUAAAGACACCUCCUUCAGGCCGCCCAUGGCUUCACUUAAUGGAUUUUCAAUGACUGGAACAAGAAGGCUUUCAAACACGACAUUCUCGUCGUAUCCCUCAGGAGAAAUAGUCGGUAGAUUAAAUUCUACUGCUGGAUUGAGCUUACAUGGAAUUGCUUCCUCUGGAAUGAUCCAACAAGGUACUUUCCAUAACUCAAGUAGCUUACUAGAUACAUUUGGGAAACUCUAUCCAGCUCUGUUCCUUUCAAACCGACCCCCAAGCAUAUUCGACGGUAUUUCAACAUCAUCGGAUUGCAUCCAGCCACUUCAGGACAGACACACCAUGCAGUUUAAAGAUUUUAAUUUGAUAAAUGAUGCCUCGAGUUUUACUGUUUCCACCAGCUGCCCUGAUGCUAGAGUGACUGUUGGUAGUUCGAGCAAUUAUGACUUGGGUAUUUCGAGUCAUCCGUCAAUGUUACAAGGACAUAAGCAACAGAUUCAUGGUAGCGGAGAACUUGGAGAUCAGUCUCCUCUUAAUGUAUCUCUAAUCAAUCCAGAAUCCUUAGACCGCAGCACCGGCCUUUCUAACAUUUUGUGCCAUGGUCAGUCUAACAGAAACUGGCAGGGUUCAAUCCAGUUAUCUAAACUUGCAUCAAAUUUCUCCCUCACUGGAAUUUACCCUCCUGAUGGAAUGCCCACCAUUAAUUUGACAAUUUCUUCGACUCAGCCCGAUAAUGACAACUUUCCUGUUGGUUUUCCUUCAACAAGUGUGGAUUCAAGUUCUCAGCUUGAUUUAAGAGGGGAAACACAAUGCUAUGAGGAGUUAAUUGGUAGUGUUGUUGAAACCAUGAAUGGAAGACCAGAGCAACAGUGGGAAGUAGCUAAACAGGAUUAUAAUAGCAACCAUAGUUCUAGUGUGAGAAAGUCUCUGGUCUCUGUUGACGGUAUUGCAGAUCCCUUGAGACAGAGCACGGAUCAGAAGAAGUAUCGAAAAAUCGGUAGCUCUUUUACUAACCAAUUGGAUACUGGUGCUCCAUCCUUCAUUCAGCACAGUGCGGAGAUAUCUGCGAUCGACACUUGGAUGAACUAUGAUGGAAAAAUUCUCAUGGAUCCAACAAAGCUACAAAAUGGAUUUAAAAAUGCUAGUUUUAAUUCCUUGGAGGAAUUGGUGAAUGCUAUGUCGAAACAGGAACAAGAUCAAUCUAUUCAAAUGAACGACGAAUUUGGUUUUGAUGCUCAAUCUCUCGGGUCAUCGUGUAUAUGAUACUUCAGUUGCUGCUGAGCUGACUCUUAGAUUGCUGAAUGGAAAUGACUUUACAACUGACUCCCAACACUGUAUCUUCAUCUUUGUUUGAUGAUGUAGUUCUCUUAUCAUUAAUCUAUUUUCCUUUCUGCAACAAGAAGUUUUUCCUCUGCCUGGUUGCUUUGUUGCUAGAAUAAUGACAGGAGAACUCACUCAAUUCUUCUAUAUAUGAAACCCUCUUCCAUUUCGAUUAAUAAAAAGUUCG